AUGGAGGCGGCGUGGAACUGCAGCUCACGUUGUGAUUCCCCACUCUGCCUCAGCCACUCGGGGGUCCUAAGGCAAGACAGCAUGGAGGUGCUGCAUAGACUCUGCGGCCUCACUAGGAUGGUGGCGACACCUCCGAGACGCUGGCUGUCCCCGGUUCUGAGCGCGGUGGUGUGGACGCUGCUGUCCUGCGGCAUUUUGCUGGCCUUCUGCUUCCUGCUCUUCACCUUGCGCUUCAAAAACAACAGAAUAGUCAAGAUGUCCAGCCCUAACCUGAACAUCCUGAGUCUCAUAGGAAGCGUUCUCACCUACAUCAGCGGCUUCCUGUUUGCCGUGGACGCGCCGCCGCACCAUUCCACGGAAGUGUCUUCAGCUGUACUGCAUGCCCGGAUUUGGACCCUCUGUCUGGGUAGCACCAUGGUGUUUGGACCCAUUUUAGGAAAAACCUGGCGGCUCUAUAGGGUCUUCACACAGAGAGUUCCCGACAAGAGAGUGAUCAUCAGAGACAUUCAGCUAAUGGCCAUGGUCGCUGUCUUGAUUUUGGGGGAUCUACUAGUUCUGAGCAUCUGGAACCUCUCGGACCCCAUCCGCUGUUCCCGAUCGCUUGGUGCCGUCGUUAAAUUGGACAAGGACGUCUCCUAUUCCAUGUCUCAGCUUGAUUCCUGCUCUUCCAUGUACUCGGAUCUGUGGGUUUUCAUUAUAGUUGUUAAAAAGGCGUGUUUGCUGCUGUACGGUACCUACCUAGCGGGCCUGACCAGCGACGUGAGCCGUCCUCCGGUCAACCAGUCGCCCACCAUUCUGACAGCGGCAUCUCUGGUCACUCUGUGCUCGGGCGUGGCUGUCCCCGUAUCGCUCAUGAUGCCGGCUUGGCCCAACGUGGUCUGCGGCACGGUGGCCGGUGCCAUUUUCAUCUGCACGCUGGCCACCGACUGCAUGCUUUUUGUGCCCCAGCUGACUGAGUGGCGGCAUUUUGAGGAGGAUCACAACAACCCGAGUCAGAUGGCCAAGUACUUCAGCAGCCCUGCUAAGAGCCAGCCUUCAGUCUACAGCCAGGAUGACAUCUACUUCCUUCUUGGGGAAAACAACUCUAUGAAGCAGCUCCUCAAUGAGAAGAACGCCGUGAUUGACAGCCUGCAAGAACAGGUGAGCAAUGCCAAAGACAAGCUUCUUCGUUUGGUGUCGGCCAGUCAGCAGUCCGAGGAAGAAGACAACCUUCAGUUGUCCUCUACUCAAGCCACACAACUUCAGUGUGCUAACAUUCUGGCUUCUCAUAGCGACGUCAAGUCCGAUAUCUCACCUUCACCGACUGUCUUCCCUCGUCUUGUUGCUGAUUCUUUGUCAUUGGGUGGUCCGGGAUCUUUUAACUGUCCCCCUUUGCCUUCCUCUGUAACCCCUGUUACUGCUACGUCUCCUCUUUCUGGCGAAUUGGAUGGAGAUCCCUCCAAAGCGACAACAGAAAACCCCCUCAGGUCUUCAGGUUGUCUUCGGACAGCAGAGGAGACGGCUCAUUUUGUCACCUCUCUCCAAUCCCCUGGACUUUUGAACCAUUUUGAAACUUUGAGCAACGGACCAACAUCUCCCUCGGGGCCGAACACCAAACCGGCCGGUUUUGUCAGUAGCGAGAAGCUGCAGGAGAUCCUCCAAGAACUUAGUAUUGACACGGUUUUGGAAACUGUCCUAAAAUCUGCAAGGAGCCCUUCUAAUAGCAGAUUUACCGAGGACUCUUCGUUCUCCCCGAUUUCUCUGCAGACCCCUCGCUCCCCCACUCAUCCUCCUCUGAUCUUCCGAUACCCCAGUAUCUCCCCGUACGCCAUGAGGAAACGUCGACCGCCCUUUCACUCGCCUAGACGUAGACGCCUCCGUGCAGGACGUCAGAAUCUGACAAAGCACCCCGAGAGAGUCACAUCGAAUGGGAGUGUCACUGCGCACGGUACUGUACUGCGGGUUCCUGACUGCGACUUUGACUUGCAAGAUGAGGAAGGAAGUUUGCCAACAAAAUCUUACGGAUGUUCUCCAGAAAACAUCAACGUGUUUGACGUAGAGACAGUAGGCGAUGCUCAGGACUCACGCAAGUACUGGGACUCGGACUCCAGCAGCUCCACGGACUACUGCUACUACCACCGACCAUACUGCGACUCCUGCUUGCAACGAGGCUCGCUCUUGACCUCGGACUCUUCAGACUCUUCCGACAGCGAGUACGAAAGUAACGAUCUCUAUCGUUCUGCACAUCCGGUGGUAUUCAAGGAAGACCUCAAACCCACGUUUGUGUAA